CUUUCUCCCUCCCUCUCUCCAUCUCUCUCUCACUCCCUCCCUCUUUCUCUCCCUCUCUCUCACGCAAACACACACACGCUUCUCCAGCAUACGGCGACACGGCCAGAGCGACGCUGGUUAUACUGAGAGCAGGCGGACGCGCUUGUAUGUUUCAACGCACCGAACACGCUGCGUAACGCCAGCGGAGCCUCCGGGAAGACCGGCGUGAGUCGCUUUCACAGUUCGGAAAGAACUUGGGGAUAUUUACCGUUUUUAUAAACCACUUAAGGAGCACGAAAUCGGCAUAAAACACAGGCGAGGAUCCCCAGAAGCACACGGUUUGACCUGAGGAUUACGGGCGCUGUGAGGAUUCGAGCCUGCGGUCCUUUAGGGAAACUAUUAGUCUUCGGGCAACGCUUGAUCCGAAUGAGUUUAUAUGGAGUGUGUUUCAGCUGGUCCGCUUUCCUGCGAUGACAACUACAACGUGCCACUCGAAUGAGCUGUAGACAGUUUGCAGUAACAACGCGCCGAAGUUCUCCGAUGAGCUCGUCACUGACUUUAAGUGAACAGGUUUGAAAAGGAAAACAAAGAAAGGCAACGUUUUAUAAAACACCAGCCGGCUCUUCCUAAAAGGAGAACCCUGGGAAGCUGAACGAGAGCACAUCUCGGGGCUGACAACGGAACGGACAAGAUGGAUAUGUUGCUAUCACUUCACCACAUUGCACUCAUCUUUUGUUUCGCCUUGAAAGCCAGUGGAGAAGAAGGGGAGAAGUGCGGGGGACACCUGGACGCCAGCGACGCGGGUUACAUCACGUCCCCUGGCUACCCGUUGGAGUACCCGCCGCACCAGAACUGCGAGUGGGUGAUCACGGCCCCCGAGCCUACCCAGCGCAUUGUGCUCAACUUCAACCCCCACUUUGAGCUGGAAAGGCUCAACUGCAGGUACGACUUCAUCGAGGUCCGAGACGGUGACUCGGACUCGGCCGACCUGCUGGGCAAGCACUGCAGCAACAUCGCUCCUCCUGCUAUCAUCUCCUCAGGCCCUGUUCUCCACAUCAAGUUUGUGUCUGACUACGCUCACCAGGGGGCAGGCUUCUCACUGCGCUAUGAGAUCCACAAGACAGGGUCGGAACACUGCUUCCGGAACUUCACCGCCUUGACGGGCGUGAUCGAAUCGCCCGACUUCCCUGACAAGUACCCGCACAACCUGGACUGCUCGUACAUCAUCUUCACCCCUCCCCAGACGGAGGUCACCCUCAUCUUCAAGACCUUCGACCUGGAGAACGACCCCUUGCUGAUGGCCGAGAGCGACUGCAAGUACGACUGGCUGGAGGUGUGGGACGGACUUCCUCAGGUGGCGCCGCUGAUUGGAAGAUACUGUGGCACGAAGGUCCCCCCGGAGAUCACGUCCACCACGGGACUGCUGGCACUCUCCUUCCACACUGACAUGGCCGUAGCCAAAGAUGGCUUCUCCGCCCGCUACAACAUCACCCACAAGGAAGUCAGCGACACCUUCCACUGUAGCACGGCGUUCGGCAUGGAGUCUGGGAAGAUCUCGGACGAGCAGAUCUCCGCCUCCUCCUCCUUCUACGAUGGCCGCUGGCAGCCGCGGCUGGCCCGCCUGAACAACGAGGACAAUGCCUGGACACCGUCAGAGGACAGCAACAAAGAGUACAUUCAGGUGGACCUGCAUUUCCUCAAGGUUCUGACAGGUGUCGCUACCCAAGGCGCUGUCUCCAAGGUGACGCAAAAGUCCUACUAUGUCACCACGUUCAAGCUGGAGGUCAGCACCAACGGUGAGGACUGGAUGAUCUACCGCCAUGGCAAGAACCACAAGGUCUUCCACGCCAACACAGACCCAUUGGAGGUGGUGCUGAACCGCGUGCCGCAACCGGUCCUGGCCCGUUACGUCCGCAUCCGGCCACAGACCUGGAAGAACGGCAUUGCCCUGCGCUUCGAGCUCUACGGCUGCCAGAUCACAGACGCACCUUGCUCAGAGCUCCAGGGCAUGCUCUCGGGCCUGCUGCCUGACUCCCAGAUCUCAGCUUCCUCGGUGAGGGACCUGCACUGGACGCCGGGGGCAGCGCGCCUGGUGGCCAGCAGGUCGGGCUGGUUCCCAGGCCCCACACAGCCCCUGGCUGGCGAGGAGUGGCUCCAGGUGGACCUGGGCAGCCCCAAGAUGGUGCGUGGGCUUAUCACCCAGGGAGCGCGCAGCGGAGAGGGGACCACCAGCUCCGAGAAUCGAGCCUUCGUCCGCAAGUACCGCCUGGCCCACAGCCUCAAUGGGAAGGACUGGAACUUUGUGAUGGACAGCAAGACCAGCAUGCCCAAGGUGUUUGAGGGGAACAGUCACUUCGACACACCUGAACUGCGGCGCUUCGAGGAGACGGUGGCGCAGUAUGUGAGAGUUUACCCCGAGCGCUGGUCCCCCGCUGGGAUCGGCAUGAGGAUGGAGGUGCUGGGCUGCAGCCUACCAGAAACAUCCACCUUAGCCACCGAGACAUCUACGUACACCCGGCCUCCCACUGCAGAGAGCAGCAGCGCCCACCAACCUGGCUCUGCUUCCAGCACCUCUCCCCCAUCCCCAGCGUGUGAUUUUGAGCAGAGCUUGUGCGGAUGGACCCACGACCCAGACACCGACCUCAGCUGGGUCCUGCAUAGUUCGAGCAGAACUACAGCCCUGGGCCAGAGUCAGGACCUCACCAUAGGCUCCAACAGUCUGGGAAACUACCUGUACAUGGAGGCCAGCCCCAAAACGCGAGGGAAGAAAGCCAGGCUUGUCAGCCCUGAGGUGGGCCCAGACACCGGGCCCCUCUGCCUGAAGUUCUCCUACCAGCUGGAGGACGAGGGGACCCUGCGUGUGUUACUGCGGGACCCACUGCUGGAGGAGACCCUCCUGUGGGCCCUGCAUGGCGGCCAGGGCCCCACCUGGAAGGAGGGCCGGACUAUCAUACCUGAAUCGCCCAAAGAAUUUCAGGUGGUCAUAGAAGGCGUAUUCGAGAAGGCCACCACUGGCCACAUCUGGAUAGACAACAUCUAUAUGAGUUCGAGCACACCGCUGGAGGAGUGCACGCAACCUUUUACUGCCUUCCCUCCAGAUAUGACUGGGGGAGCCCUACCAGGCAGGAGUCAGCCAACAGUAGAUACGCUGUCAGUGCCUCCUAUUUCCCCCAACUGGUAUUACUUCAUGGCUGGUGGAGGCGCCAUCCUGUUCCUGGUCAUUGCCGUUGUCAUGGCCAUUGGCUGUCGCCGCCUGACGGCCAAGAGGAACCGACCCACCAUGGCCUACUACAGCCCCCACAAUGCUCACUACCCAAAUGGGGCUAUGCCCAGGUCAGGGGCAGGUUCUAAGUUGACUGUUUGGGUAGAAAAGGGGGAUGGAAACUCCUACUGGUGAGCACGAAGGAACUUGGAUCGAAUGUGAAAGACUUUGGGCUACACUGCAGAGAGAAGCCCAGUCUGAAUAGCAGGAAAGACUGAGUAGGUUUAAGGGACACCUGAAACAAAAACUAUAAAAAAAAAACAACAACAUUUUUGGUAUCUUCUCGCUACCAACUUAUUAUGCAUUUGGAACUAUCCAAACAAGAGAGAAGUGGAACCAGCAUCUCAGCCUUCUAGUCUGAGUUGAUUUUCUUUCACGCAUUUCUGUGCUCUUUCACUUGCUGAACACUGUGGGACAUUGUGAGCUGCCGUCUGGCUGAGUUCACCGCUGACUGUAUUGCCGUCUAAUAUGAGAGUCCCAGCAUGAGUGCUCUCUGAUUGGGCUUAUGCCCAACCUCGCAAUUGACACCUUGGUGGAAGCUCUUCAGCUGCCCAACCAUCAGAGGUCUGCUGAUGACUACAUGCAACCCAACAACCUUAAUUGCUGAUCUGAGACUGGCUUUCAUGCUUUGUGAAUCUUGUCUUUGGAUGAGGAGACACCUCCUCAACAGGUCUCAGGCCAAGGUUAGAUUUCCACAGCAGAGGAUGGGGAGGAUCUAGAGAUCAGGACUGAGAAGACAUCAGUGAUGUAAACAUUGCUGUAUAACUGUACUUUCAUCCAGUGUGGUUUAUAAAAAGAGAGACUGAAUCUUGGGUAAGAUCACAGUUGUCAAACCAUGUUUGCACUAUAAACAGAUCCUGAUAUUAUUAUUUCCCUCUUUACUAUCUAACCAAACAAGGGAACGGACCAUUUUAAAGUGUGUACCAAUGCUUGCGAAGACGACAGAACUUGAUAGAGUAGUGUGUGUUUGAAAUUGACAAUGUGUUUGAAAAAUUAGCAGGCCUUGAGAACAUGCCAUGGCUUGUUGAAUGUAUGAAAGUAAUUUAAAAUUCAAUCUCCUUAUGAGCCCAGCAGGAGCUAAGUUUGAUCCCAAGAACAAGAGUCUAGUAAAAAAGAAAACCACCUAAAACAACAACAGAACGUUACAUUUAGCUUUUCUCUUUUUUAGUUUAGCGUCCCAAAGAGUUGAAGGGGGGCCCAAAAAGUGAUGUUUUGGUAAUGAAACCUUCACCCUCCUCUUGCCUUUGUUCUAGUUUUUACUUGCUUUUUGCCAUGGAAAUCCUCAGAAAAAAAUUGCAUGGACACCGCUCUGUGGUGAGCUGGAGGCGUGGAGUCACACCUUAUUACCACCAAGAUGGCUGUUGGCAUUCGGGCUCUGAAAGCAAGCCACAUAAACAAAGGCAGCAGCUUUCUCAUUGCCACCUCGUCCUAAUAAGGUCCGAGAAAGCAGUGGCAGCAGCACGCAAACAAGCUCUCUGAGCUCCUGACAGCUGGUAGCCAUUUCCCUGCGCUUCAGUGUUUGGGUCUUUCCAGAUCAGUGGAGGGAGCAUUACGCCUCCAUGAGUUCUGUUGAGUUCCGUUAGUGGGGACAGGUAACAAAUACACACAAUGGCUGGUUGUCUCAACUCCAUUUUGUCGUUAUAUGUACUUAUGGUAUCAGAAAAUUAGUGGCACUGUUGUUUCCUUCAUAAUGAACACUAGAUAUAGAUGUAUAGAAAAAUCUGAUGCAAAAUGAGUCGUUUAAGGUUCCACCUGUUUGCUGUUGCUAUAGAAACAGAUUUAGGGCUGUUAUGAGGGGAAGGAUGGAAGAAUGGAGGUAUAAAGAGGGAGCAUGAGAGAGAAACCUUUGGCUCUUUGAGGUCUUUUUAGUGACAUGUCCAGCUGUCCAGGUGGUAAGAGAUGUUUUGGCACUGGUUUGCAGUGUGCUUUUAAAUCACCCUCUCUCUCUCUCUCUCUCUCUCUCUCUCUCUCUCGCUCACACUCUCUCUCUCUCUCUCUCUCUCUCAUACAACCUCCUCUCACCACGCAUUCUUUCCAAGCUCUUAAUAAGUCUAAUUAGUUAAUGGACCAGAUAGCAUUUAUUAAGGCUGCUGGAAGCACUCUCCCUCCAUUGUGCCGGGCUCACGCCUUCCCUGGAGGCCGCUUUAAUGAACUAAAGCUUUCUCCAGAGACCCAUAGCCACGUAUUAUGGCCACAAAGGCAUGUUGCCAAGCUGGCCAUCUUUUCUCCCCCUGCAAUCCCCUGAUGCCCUCAAAAAGAAAAGUUUUUGAAGAAGAGAAGCUAAAUGCAGGCACACACCUUUACACUGACGUCCCUGCCUUAUUUGGUUUAGGGGGCAGCCUCAAUAGACCCCAGUUCAAAUGCAAAAACAGAACAAAAGCAUUAAAAGGAGAAAAUGACACCCAAUGAUAGUUGAGCACCACACAGCUUGCAGUGUCGUUGGCUCCGAUAGUAAGAUAUUUGAACUAGACUCAUGGUUAAGAUGAUGGUGGUGUUGGUUUUAAUGAUGAUGAUGAUCAUGAUAGUGAUGAUGAUGGUGAUGCACUUUCCUGUAUGAAUGUACCUUAUAACUGUGGCCACGCUAUACCUCAACCUUAAAAUUAGCGUGUUGUUUAAAAAGCAAAUGUGAAAAAAAUAUUUUUGCUUGAUGAAUUGGAAAUGUCCUUUUAAAA